UUGAAAAUAGAAGUCACCGAAUGGAUGGUUUUUAUGAAAGUAAGAAGAGUCCCCAAAAAGGAAGACCAAAAAUUCAUGGUGGUGGUAAGAGGAAGAAGAAUGUUGGAGAAGAUCAUGAAGAGGCAAAGCAUAUAUCUAAUGGUUAUCAGGCUUGUCAGUCAUCUGUAAAGAGCCAAAUAGGAGGAAACUGUAUUGAGAUAGCUUCUUCAGCUAUGGAGAAGGUGAGAAUGCUUCUACAGCUCCAAAGUGAGGAAGAGGAUGUAAGGGCAAAUGAGAGUGUUGGAAUAUGUGAGGAAAAUAAGGUUGGAAAUGGGAGAUUGGUCAAUCAUAAAGAAAGACUUCCUGUUGAAAACAGUUUGCAAGGUCAUCUGGGAGAGAUGCAGAAGCCAGCAGACGAAGGGAGAAUAGCAGUUAAUGGAGAUGGACAGGCGAGAAGAAGCAGUGUAGUAGAAGCGAGCCAGAGGCAUGAGGACGAAGAAAGAAUGGCCGAUGGACUGAGGCCUUUCCGGCUGAAUCUACCUUCAAAUGCAGUUUUUACCCAAGGCACCAUGCACAAAAUGGCCGACUUAACUUUGGACAUAGGAUAUGCGCCUGGGCUCACGUCUACCGCACGACUCUCACACACGCAACCUUGCCAAGAGCUUCUCGGCCCACACACAUCUACAAAAGACUUGGUGCAGUUGGCAGGGAGUUCUGUGGAUGAAGACGAAGAUGUGGAUGUGCUGGAGGUGUCCAGCCUAAACUCUGAGCUACCUGCUGUGUCGACUGUGAUCUCGGGGGUGGAUCUGAGCACUGAGGAGGAGGAGGAGGAUGAUGUGGAAGAAGAUGUCGAGAUUGAUGUGCUUGGUCUAGAACCAGAUUAGCCAUGCGGAAUAACUUCUGCUGUUCCAGUAAGGUUCAUUUUAGUGCUGGAAAGAGAAGUUUCUUUGUCCAGUACAUUUCAUACAUAAAGAUACAUUUGGAUCAGGCGUGUCAAGCUUAUGGCCUGUGGGCCCCAUAAAGGUUCUAAUUCAGCCCACCAAGAUAAUUAGUUUCAUUUGGUCCAUGUGUUAAU